AUGGCGCGGCGCGGGAGCCCGGCGGCCGGCGCCAAGGGCGGCGCGGGAGUAGAGCUGCGAAUGGGUUGGGGAGAAGAGAUGGUGGAUCCAUCCAAGAUUAUCGAAACAGCCGCGGGAGGCUGCCUGGUAGCUCUGGUCAGGAAGCUCGCUUCCCUGACGCUCAGUGAGAUCUCCCAGCUGAGUGCCAUCUCCGGCAACAUCGACUGGCUGAAAGAGGAGCUGCAGCUCCUGCACGCCGUCCUGCUAGAUCUGUCAGAUGAGGAGAAUCCUAGCCACCAAAUGAAGCUCUGGAAGAACAAAAUAAGAGAGCUAUCAUAUGACAUCGAUGAUGCCAUCAACGGGUUCCUACUCGCCUCGAGCAAGGAGAAAGAUCCCGGACUCCAGCAUGACCCAGGCUUCGUUGAUCGCAUCAUGGCGACCAUUCGAAGGUGCACCGAUCGAAUCAGAAGCUUACCCUCUGAUUUCGGGAUCACCCGAGAGAUCAAGAAGCUCAAGGAUCGUGUUAAUGCGGCAGAAGACCGGCACAAGAGGUUAAAGACAGGGACGAACAGUGAUGCUGGCCCAAGCUAUGAUGCUAUUCCUAUCCGGGAUGUUGCUCAAUAUGCGGAUCCAGCUAGCCUCGUGGGCAUUGAUGCUCCGAGAGAAGAGAUCAUCCGCAAGCUCAGUCUCCAGGUGCCGCCGUGCCGGGCUCUUCAGUGA